AUGGCGGUCAUUUACAUUGACGAAGAGGCCGGCAGCGACCUUCCCGAGGUCCAGGGAACCGAAUCAGCCCCCUACAAGACCAUCUUUGAGGCCUUCUUCCGCCACGGCGCCGAGUCAGAGUACCAGGUCAAGAAGAAGGACGACGAGGAGUACAAGCCCGCUGCAAAGUCGGCUCUGAAGAAGGCCACCAACUACGCUGCUCAACAAAAGAAGAAGCUUGAGGCUGCUGCUAAGCGAGCUGAGAAGGAGGCCCAGGAGGAGGCUGCUCGUGAGGCCGUUCUGGAGGAGGCCAAGAAGAUCCAGAUUGUCAACGAUCCUUCCCUUCCUGAACCCGUCCGGAUCAACCUUGGCGAGACCGAUGCCGCUGUCAUCGGAGUGCUUCGAAAGAGCAAGGAUGAGCCCGCUGAGGGAGUGAAGCGUGUUUCGGUCCAGGGCCGCGUCCAGCGCGUUGCCAAGCAGGGUGGUCUUAUCUUUGUGACACUCCGCCGAGGACUCAACCAGAUGCAGUGUCUUCUCUCUGGCGACCUCUCCAAGACAUACGACGCCCUGACCCUCACGCGAGAGACGUCGAUCGAGAUUAUCGGCGAGCUCUGGGAGGUUCCCGCCGGUGCCCACGCUCCCCUCGACCGCGAGCUGCGCGCCGACUACUUCAAGAUCAUUGCCCGAGCCCCUGGAGGCGACGAUGCCUUUACCAACCAGGUGCCCCUCGACGGCGACACCCAGACCCUCCUCAACAUGCGACACCUCACACUCCGUCACGAGAAGCCCGCCGCCAUCAUGUUCGUUCGCGACGUCAUUGAGUCGGCCUUCCACACCGCGUACAAGGAGUUGGAUGUCAAGAAGGUCAGCCCUCCUGCUCUUGUGCAGACCCAGGUCGAGGGUGGUGCCACUCUUUUCAAGUUUGACUACUACGGCGAGACUUCGUACUUGACCCAGUCGAGUCAACUCUACCUCGAGACUGUCCUGCCCGUCCUGGGUGAUGUGUACUGUAUCGAGAAGUCGUUCCGAGCUGAGAAGUCUCUUACACGCCGCCAUCUUUCCGAGUACACCCACGUCGAGGCUGAGCUGGACUUUAUCACAUUCGAUGACCUCCUGAGCCACCUUGAGCAUGUCAUCUGCCGGGUUAUUGACCUGGCUCUGGAGAACCCCAUCGCUGCUGAGGCCAUCAAGAAGUACAACCCUGAGUUCAAGAAGCCUGAGCGGCCAUUCCUGCGAAUGCGCUACUCGGAUGCCAUCGACUGGCUCCGGGAACGGGGCAUCAAGAACGAAGAGGGCAACGACCACACCUUUGGUGACGAUAUUGCCGAGGCUGCUGAGCGCAAGAUGACUGACGAGAUCAACCGUCCCAUCUUCCUCACUCACUUCCCUGUCGAGAUCAAGUCCUUCUACAUGCAAAGAGCCGCGGACGACCCUCGCGUGACCGAGUCUGUCGACUGCCUGAUGCCCGGCGUUGGAGAGAUCGUUGGAGGCAGCAUGAGAAUCUGGGACUGGGAGGAGCUCAUGGCUGGGUACAAGCGUGAAGGAAUCGACCCCACGGGCUACUUCUGGUACACGGACCAGCGCAAGUACGGCUCUACGCCCCACGGAGGAUACGGUCUCGGAGCAGAACGAUUCUUGGCGUGGCUUCUCAAGCUCUGGACAGUACGAGAGGCAUGCCUGUAUCCCCGUUUCAUGGGCAGAUGCACGCCCUAG